CUCGGUUCAAGCAUACUCGAUUAUAUGAAGUUAGAGUAAUUUGAUAAGCCUGCUAUAUUUCCUAUCAAAAAAUGUGUAUUGAUUAAUUACUUUUCGGAAUUAUUGUUUUACCUUAUCGUUUGAUACGGUUUGAUUUUGAGGCAAAUACUCAAACGUUUCAUAAGUUACUGUUGCUCCCUAGAAUGAAGAAAGAAAAGAAAGACUUGCUGUGUGGAAUACUUGUGGUCGUAGGUGCAUUUUGUCUUCACUUCAGUUGUGGACAUUUUUAUACUGUGUCAAACAUGGCAACAUACAUAAUGUCAUACAUAGCAGCAAGAGUUGACAAUAACAUCAGUGAUAGCUCAGCUGUAUGGUUAUCUGCACUUGGUCUUGGCUGUCAAGGUCUGGCUAUGCCAAUAGGUGGGUUUAUGGGAAGGAAAUUCGGACCUAAAUCAACAAUGAUUGCGACGUUGAUUCUCGGGAGUGGAAGCAUUCUGUUAACAUAUAUUGUUGUACAGAAAACGUUUAUUGGUGUAGUUUUUACUGUUGGGAUAAUGUUUGGACUUUCAAUGGGGAUCGGUUAUUCCGUCGCAAUAGCUUGUGCAGUCUCUUGGUUUCCUGGAAGAAGAGGAUUAAUUGUUGGUAUAAUUGUUGGAGGGUUUGGAUUGGGCUCCCUAAUUUUCACACCAAUUCAAACUGCAUAUAUCAACCCAUCUAACCUAAAGGUGGAUAGUCAGACAAGGCGUUUCACUGAUCCAGAGCUUCUUGAUAGAGUCCCAAAUGUUUUCUUGGUAAUGGGUUCAAUAUUAGCAGCAUUGCAGUUAGUGGCAUGCAUACUUGUCCGCAUGAAACCAAUCUCAAAAGAAGAACAUGAGGACGGAAAUGAAGAAGAAGAAGAAGAAGGAUUAGAACGUGCAAGAAUUCAAACUAGUCCAUCUACAGAUUCAAAAAAGAAGAAACUAGUAAAUGGUGAUUCAAAAUUAAAUCGUAACACUGUGGUGGAAGUAAACGUUAAAUCUGGAAAGCUAUUACGUCAUAUUGACUACUAUCUUUUAUUUUUUAUGAUGCUUCUUAACUGUUUUCCAAUAUCUGUUCUUACAAGUUCAUUAAAGAUCUUUGGACAAACGCAUAUAAGUGACGAUAGGUUUUUGUCAACUAUAACAGCUGUUACUUCUCUUUUCAACUGUGGUGGACGUGUAGUCUGGGGUGCUGUCGUGGAUCGUUUUUCUUUCAAGAUACCAAUCUGCAUACAACUGUGUGUAUGGAGUGUGUUAUUAUUUACAUUUCCUGUUAUUGCAUAUGUAACGGGAGUCGCAUUGAAAGUCUUAUAUGUUAUAUGGGCAUGUGCCUUAUUUUUCUUCUUGUCUGGUGUUUUUUCCAUGAUGCCAGCUGCAACAGGGACUAUAUUUGGUCCAGUAAAUUUAGCUGUCAACUAUGGAAUGGUUUAUCUCGGAUUUUCAUUUGGAUCAGUACUUUCUCUUGUGGUGAGUCUUUUCUGGAAAGCAUCUCCUGAAAUCUACUUUACGUUUCUGGAUGUGUAUGCUUAGUUAGUAAGUGAUAUAUUUUGCAAUCAUAGAAAUGUCAAAUUUUAAACUUCAUGAUAGAAAUGCUCAACGAAGCUCAAAUAAUUAAACUGAUCAAUAAAUCCUCCAAAAUUUUGAGUGUUGAGAUUUAUAUAAUCAGAUCAUUUUGGGCCACAAGGUGAUGUCAGAUGGAGAAUCAUCAUAAAAUCAGGUUGCCUUAGAUGUCUAAAACCAGAUUGCGGAUAUUUAACAGUGCGGCCCUUUAACCUUAUGCUUCAUUAACCCUGAGUCUUAUUAUUUAUCAGUAGUGGUCCAGAAUAUCGUAAUGUCAACAGAAUCUGGUGAUGACGAUUUCAUUUCCGUGAGUAGUUCAUACUG